AUGUUCCUGGUUGGACUCACGGGUGGCAUCGCGUCGGGGAAGAGCACGGUGGUGGCCAUACUCCGGGAACUGGGCUGUGCCGUGAUCGAUGCCGAUGUUAUUGCCAGGGAGGUGGUGCAGCCCCACUUCAAGGCCUAUCGGCAGAUAGUGCAUUACUUCGGCACCGAGAUUCUCUUGGAGAGCGGAGAGAUAAAUCGUGAGGCUCUAGGAAACAUUAUCUUCUCCCAUCCGGAGAAACGGCAGCUGCUGAACUCCAUCACCCACCCGGAGAUCCAGAAGGAGAUGCUGAAGCAGAUCGUGAAGUACUUUGUGCUAGGCUACCGCUACGUGAUCCUUGACAUCCCUCUGCUCUUCGAGACCAACAGACUGACCAAGUUUAUGAAAUACACGGUCCUGGUUUACUGCGACCCGCCGACACAGCUCUCCCGGCUGAUGAAGAGGAACGGGCUGUCCCAGGCGGAGGCCGAAGCUCGCAUCACCUCCCAGCUGCCACUGGACAAGAAGUGCAAGUUGGCGAGUCACGUCAUUGACAACUCCGGGGACCGGGGGAGCACGCGCCGGCAGGUCCUCAGGCUGCAUGCCCACCUGGAGGAUUCCCUGGAUUUCCUCUGGGCGCGGCUG